AUGAAUGAACUCAAUCGCAAGGAGUCAACUAAGUCCCUUCCUGAGCAAGUUGGAGAAUAUAUCAGUCAUCAUAAUAUAGAUAAAAUUGUGAAUAGAGCACUGAACCAUGUUUUGAGAACAAAGCCAAUCGACCCACUCUCAGCAAUAGCAACCAUACUUCUUUCAGAAGCUAAAAAUAGUCUGCCUGUAUUUGAUAGAAUUUAUGCAAGAAAAACUUUCCUCUAUGAGACCUCUACUAACCAAACUCUGAAGCUUUAGGUUUAUCUCAACUUCUAGGGUAGAUCUGAUAUUCGUUACACUCAUAUCUUGGCAUACGACCCAGAGGAAUAAGAUAAGUUUUUGUUCGACAACAAGGCUGAAAAAACUGGUCUCGAACAUGCUUGUGAUAUUAUUAACAACGAAAUCAGUCAGCAUCUUCAUGGUAAAGUUAUUGAAACAAUGGAUGAAAUUGAUCAAUAAUUGCAUUAUUUUUAUCAAGGCAAGAUGGAUGGUCAUUCUGAUAUUGGCUUUAAUGUUAUCAAAGCCUGCUCUGAGGCUAUUCUAUUCGCAGCUGCAAGCUGUUUUGAGAGAAUCAAUCUCUAUAAAUCAAUUAGAGUGAAUUAAUAUCAAAGUGAAUUCCCAGCAGUUCAUACUAAACUGAUGCUAACUUUGUUCAAUGGAGGCAAAUCAAAUGGGUCAGCUGUUAAGUUUUAAAAGUUCUAUCUCAUUAUAGACCCCUAUGAUAGAAAUGAGAAUCACAUUUAAACCGUGGAUAUUGUAGAUUCCUAUCUAAAAUUCCAAUAGGCUUUAAGAAAGGCAGUUUCAACUACCAAACAAGGUGAAGCUGGAUUUAAACCAGGCCCAGAUAGUAGCUAUUUUAACGCUCUUGGCUCUAUCAAUGAAACAUUUAAAAUUAUAGAAGACUCUAUUACUACCUCAGGAGCAAACACAGCUGAUGGCAAAGUUUUUAAGAUUGGAAUCAACUGCGAAGCUGAUUCAUAUUUCAACAAGGAUCCGAAGGAUGCGAACAAAUAUGAAGUGGAGGGUUAGAAAAAUCAAGCUGAUUAAGAUUAGCUUACUGAAUACUAUGCUAAGGUUUGCAAUGAGCAUCCACUUGUAGCUUACAUUGAAGAUCCUUUUGCUAAUCAUGAUGUAAAGGGUUAUCAAAAAAUUACUGCUAAGUUUAAGUCAGCAUUACCUCAUGUGAAGGUAGGGGUUAAGGCAAUGUUUAAUGAUGGAGCUAUUUAAAAGAUUGAUCAGAUGACUGUGUAUAAUAUGGUUCCCGGACCAAACAAUGAGAUGAUUGAAGAUGCCGACACUAAUAAGGAUAAAUUUACCCCUCAUUUGAUUCAUCUGAAUAGACAGCAUUUGAAAACAAUUUCUGAGCAUGCUCUCUAUCACAGAAAUUUGAUUUCCUAACCAAAAGAGAGGCAAUACAAUUAUGUGAUUGACGAUGGAAAGAUUGAAAGUUUACAGACCGGGAUUGUGGAUUUCGCUAUUGGAUUUGGAUUCGAAUACCUCAAUAUUUAAGGAUUCAUUAAGGCUGAAAAGGUUGCUAAGUCAGGAGAUUUCCCUAAAUUUGAAAGUUAACUUGCUAAGACUCUAGCACCAGAACUAGUGGCACCUAUUUAAGAUGGCAGAAACUUACUACAUAUCAUUUGUGCCUCAGGCUACACAAAAUAUGCUUAGCUGCUUUUGAACUCAGCCACUUAGAAACAAAUACUCAGUGAAUUAUUAGAUUCGAAAGAGGAGAAAGAGGGCUAGACACCCCUAUUUUUCGCAAUUAGAUGUGCACCUAAUGGAUUUCCUGAGAUUAUACAAUUGCUUAUUAAGAGUGGAUGUAACGUCAAUCUCAGAGAUAAACUUGGAAGAGCCGCAAUUCAUUUCGCUUGUGAACAAGGCCAAGAUGACACUCUAUAGCUCUUGAUUUAGCAUGGUGCUGAUUGCAAUGUCUAAGACAUAGAUGACUUGAAGACACCACUUCAUUUCGCUAUUUAGAAUGGCUAGUAUAAUGCAGUCUAGAUUCUAUGUGAAUAAGGAAACGCCAAGAAAGAGUUAGUUGAUAAAAAUGGUGACUCAGUUUUACAUUAUGCUGCCAUCGGAUAGGGUAAUGCUAAUCUUUAUCUUAGGUAUUUGAUUGAGAAGUAAGGCAUGAGUGUAUUCAUUAAAAAUGCAGAAAAAUUAACUCCAAAGGAAUUAGCUGAGAAAUUGAGCAAGUAAAAGUAUCAUAGAGUCAUAAAGAAUCUUAAAAACUAUGAAGCAAAGGAAACUGUUAAGAUUAAUGCUCAAAAGCAGUCAAAGGUUAAGAAGAUAAAGAAGAUUGUAAUUUAUGAAGACGAGAAAGGUAUUGUGCCUCUAUUAAUGAAAAAUAUAUGGGUAAGUGCAUUAGCACCUGUUAUAUUGGCCUUGCUAUUGUUAUUUAUUGAAAAGUUACUGUUUUGA